CCAAACAGGUGGAAUGCUACAUGCGUGAAAUGGAGGCGGCAUGGCCAGCCAAUUGUAUGUGGCGUGUUGCCUGUCAAGAUUCUUUUAGGCCAUGGGCCUCGGCACCUCGCCUCUAUAAAUGCCCUCUCUCCCCGAGAGCUUCACUCCCAUCCCUUCAGGCUUCAUCUCCAUCUCCCAGCCGCUUCUGCUUCACUCUCCUCCACCUUCCACCUCCCAUGGCUUCUGCUGCGGUUGAAUCAGCUCCGGCCGUGGAGGUUCCGAUUGAGGCCCCGCCCGCCCCGGUGGCCGAGGUUGCCGUGCCGACGGAGGAGCCCGUCGUAGAGGAAACCGCGGACGCUCCGGCAGUUGAGGAGGCCGCCGAAGCUCCGGCGGAGGAGCCCGUCGUAGAAGAAGCCGCAGACGCUCCGGCACCGGCCGAGGAGGCCGAGCCAGAGGCCCCUGCUCCGGCAGCCGAAGAGGGCGCCGAAGCUCCGGCGGAGGUGCCCGUCGCAGAGGAAGUCGUAGAAGCUCCGGUUCCGGCCGAGGAGGCCGAGCCAGAGGCCCCCGCUCCGGCAGCUGAAGAGGGCGCCGAAGCUCCGGCGGAGGAGCCCGUAGCAGAGGAAGUCGUAGAAGCUCCGGCUCCGGCCGAGGAGGCUGCUCCGGCCACAGAGUGAGGAGGAGGGAGGAGUCGUGGUGGUUGAUCUUUUCAGAUCUCGUUACGGUGGUCAUGGUUUGCAUGCCUAUGGCUAUGAGAAUAUGAGAUGGAGGUUUCUUAGCAAUAAGAGUUAAGUAAUAACCAAUAGCUGUUGUGAUAAUAAUAUGAGUCUGUUCUUGUGUGAGAUUUAAAUAAUUAAGCGUCUGUAUCUUAAAUUUGUUAGUUGAUGGUGUAAGUGAUAAUGGUCAAUCAUAGUUCUAUCAGAUUUUUUUUCGACUUA